GACACUUCCACAAGUAUAAAACUCCACCUAAACUCUUACUCGGAGAAACUCCUUUGUCUUACAACCCCCAAAGAAUUGUUCUUCUUCCCUUGUCUCUCUCAAUUUUUUUCUUCCGCAUUUUCCUCUGCACAUUACACCCGAUUCUCUGCAUCUUACAUGCUAGGGUUUUCUUUUGGCUGCCAUUGACACAUUGCUUAAGGGUGGUGUGUCAAAGUGUUGGGCAUCAAUUGUUGACCUUUUUGUGUGAGUUUGAAAAUGCCGCUGCUUAAGAGGAAGCCAUUCUCAUUGUUGGAACCUCCUAGUGAUUUACAGCCUCAUGACCUUGUUUUUCAAGUUCGGUUUACAAAGGAGAUUAUUCGGGAUUAUCAAGAGUACGUCAAACGGAUAAAUUUGUAUCGUCAAAGAAUAUGGACAUGUAAAGUAACCGGUAAGACUAAUUUCACCUAUGAGGAGGCUUUAGUCUCGGAACAGCACGCAACGGAAAGGAUUCAAAAAUUUCCUGAAGAGCUGAUUGAACCAAUACUUCGAACUAUUCAGUAUAGUAUGCUUCCACUAAGUGAUUUGGUUCCCAAAAUUAAAGAAGAGCUGCAACAAAAUUUGGUUGAGGGUGUAGAACUGCAUGCAAAAAAGGAUGGUUACAUACGUCCAUGCAAGAUAAUUAAAGUUUUAGAUGAAGAGGCUGGUAAUAGUCGUUAUGAGGUAGCAUGGCUUGACAAUGAUGCUAAAGUAAAUGAAAGUGUUGUGGUAAGUCAAGAGCAUCUUAUUCGUAAGAAACUUCCAUUUGGUAGAGAGGUUUUAAAAUCUUAUAUCAGGGAGUCUACAUAUCGGAGUCUUCCUUGGGUAAUUCACAAUAAUUUAGCAUCAAAGUAUGGAAUUCCUACUGAUAUACCUGAAGAAUUAAAAGGAAAAGUGUCCUUUUUGAAUGGGUGUGUCAUCAAAAACAAGAGAAGGAAAAACGAGGAAGAAGGAAGCAACGGGAAACAUAAGAGGUACAGAGUACAAUCCGAUGGUUCUAUCAAUGAAAAUGACGUGGCGAAUGGAGAUGAAAGUGUCAAGUACCCAAUUGAUGACCAGUUGGUGCAGCCUGGUGCUGAUGAUCCAGUUUUCACUGAUCGCCCUUCUCCAUCAAGAGACUUCACGAUACAAAUGGAUUGUGUUGGUGAACUUUUAAUGGUUUGGGAUUUUUGUUCAUCAUUCGGUAGGCUGCUCUACUUGUGGCCCUUCCCUUUGGAAGAUUUUGAGAAAGCAAUAUGCUACAAAGAAAGCAAUCUUUCUAUUAUUGUGGAAAUCCAUUCAGCUCUUCUUCGAUUGCUUAUGAAUGAAAAGGGGGAAUAUUAUGAGAUUACCCAGAAAAAGAAGCGUAAGCCAAAGAUCACUCUAAUCACAUGGACAGAGUAUUUGUGUGAUUUUAUAGAAAUGAUGGACACUUCUGAAUUGAAGACUCAUAUUCCAACCAUAAAGCGUGGUCACUAUAGUCUUCUAGAGGCACCUAUCAAACUGAGAAUCUUGAAGGAAUUGGUCGACCAAGCCAUUGCCACAAUUCUGGUAAGGGAGAAGAUAGACGAGCGGCUUGAAGAACGACAAACACUUGCUGCUUCAAAAAGAGGAGAAGCAUUGGAGGAAGGUAAAAAGAAGAGAGAAGCAAAGGAACGGCUGAAGGCUGUUGCCGAAACCAAUGGAACUAUGCUGGAUCAUAAAUCAGAUACCGCUGAAGAUGUCUUCUCUGGCGCAGGGCUCAAUGGUAUAGGUUUAGAAAAUGGAGAUGUCAAUGAACAUUUGUCUGACGAUCAGAAAAUUUCCAUGCAAAAUGGCGAGAAUGAUCAUAAAAGCAGUGGGCUGAAGGAAAAAACAAAAAAGUUAUUGGAGGAUUUGGAAAAGAGCAAAGAAGAAAGAAAAGAGUUUCUUGAGAAGGAAAUGGAGAAACGAGUGAUUCGGACCAACUCCUUGGGUAAAGAUAGAGAAUAUAAUAGAUAUUGGUUUUUCCGUCGUGAUGGGAGAGUAUUUGUUGAGAGUUCUGACUCUAAGCAAUGGGGAUAUUAUUGCAGUAAAGAAGAGCUUGAUGCAUUGAUGGGUUCCUUGAAUCCAAAGGGGGUGAGAGAGAGGGCUCUCAAAAGACAGCUUGAAAAGUAUUAUCCAAGAAUAAGCAAGGAAUUACAGAAGAGAUCCAGAGAUAUCGCCCAGAGAAUGGCUUCGGAAGAUGCAGUUGUUAGAAGGUCAACUAGGGUGCGAGCUCCUCCCAAUAAUAAUCCUGCUUUGGCAUUCCUAAACUAUUCCAAUAAAUGGAAAGUUUUGAUGGGUUAGACUUGGAUCACGCGGUGCUGUUUUCAGUUUUUGCACUGUAAUGGAGAUCAUAUUAACAAUCCCUGAUGCAUAGUCUUUUUUGAUCUGCGCUUAGGUUGGAUGUAGUAGUCAUUCUUAACAUUAGAAUAUCAAAUUUUGUAAAUGAUCACGCCUAUGAUUUUAAAUGGUGGAGUAUUAUCUUUUGAUUACACUAAACAGAGUGAUUACACUCUUAGUACUCUCUUGAUUUUGCAACAUUUAACAUUAUUCACUUUAUUAUGGGGAAGGGAAAAUUGGUGAGGUUAACCAAUUGAAGAGGUGAUAGCUUGAGGAAAAUGUUCCCGAUAAAAAAGCAUCGCAAAAUCAAAGGGAUGGAGCGAG